UUCGUUGUCAGAGCUCAGCAUCCCCUCAAGCUCCCCUCCUCUUGACCUGCAACUUCAGUUCCACCAGUUCAUCAAGGCAAGAGCAGAGACUUUGGGACCCAUCGCCCGGAUAAGUACCCUCCCCCAAUUCUUGGAACUUGAGACCGGACUGAUAGAGCUUCAGAAGUGCAGACUGAAGCGGGGUCAGAGGGAGUCCUGAGGGUGGCGACUGGAAGCGGAAGAGUUUCCUCAGUGUGGUGAGAUGGAAAGGAGAGAAGAUUGUUGGCUCGGGGCCGGGGGAGGAGAGGAUCUUGGGGGGACAGAGGAGGAAGUACUACGCAUAGGAAUCUGCAACUGAGGGCCAGGCACGCGAAGGUCAAGAUUGCGGGCCCGGGAGAAAAUGACAAGCCCUCGGGGCUUUGUGGACCUAGCUCGGGAAGAAAAGGAGACGGAAGACUGGAGGAAACAACAGAUACAAAUAACCUCUUAAUGACACACAAGGGAAAUAUGGACCAUCAUCACCCUCAAGGAUAUUCAUCAAUGCCAGGAUCUGAAGUGUGUUUAAUACAAGAGAUAAUUGCAUUUUGAAAUCUAAGAGAUUCUAUUGGCUGUCCAAUUGUUAGAAUAAGGAGGUAGCAGUGCCAGUAUGACAAUCUGCUCUUGGUAGAACGUACCACAAAGGAUGGGCCAUCUUGCAUUUCUCUUGGGAUUGCUAUUUGAAGCCACCUCUAUAUGUGGAAUUCCUUUUUGCUCAGAUGACGGACAACUUGCCUUCUAUAAUUCCUGCAACCUCACCGAAGUCCCCCGAGUACCAAACACCAUUAUUAAGCUAUUCUUAAGUUAUAACUAUAUCAGGAUGAUUAAUGCUACUUCAUUCCCUCUAUUGGAGAUGCUCCAAUUGCUACAGCUAGGAACUCAGCACACUCCUCUAAUCAUUGAGAGAGAAGCUUUCAGAAACUUGCCCAACCUUAGAAUCUUGGAUAUUGGCUAUAGUAAAAUUCAAUUUUUGCAUAUUGAUGCUUUUCAAGGCUUGCCCAACUUGUUUGAAUUACGUCUAUUUUUCUGUAAUCUCUCAGAUUCAAUUCUAAAAGAUGGUUAUUUUAGAAAUUUAAGUUCUUUAUCUGUGUUGGACCUAUCUAAAAAUGCCAUCCAGAAUAUCCACCUUCAUCCUUCUUUUGAAGAUCUGAAAUCUUUGGAAUCUAUAGACUUGUCUCAAAACCAAAUAUCCCAUGUAUGUGAAAGAGAUCUUAAACUCCUCCAAGGGAAAAGAUUUUCUUUGUUUAACCUUUCUUCCAAUAUCCUCUUUAGCAGGAUCUCAGUCAACUGGGAAGAGUGCAUGAAUCCUUUCAAAAAUAUGUUCCUUGAGAUCCUGGAUGUCUCAGACAAUGGCUGGACAGUAGAUAUCAUCCAAAACUUCUCUCGUGCUACCAAUGGAACCAAGAUUCUUUCUUUGUUUCUUAAAAACCAUAUUAUGGGGGCAGGAUUUGGUUUUCAUAACAUAAAGGAACCUGACCAGGACACAUUUGCUGCCCUGGGCAUGAGUUCAAUGAUAAAAAUGGAUAUUUCACAUGGCUUUAUCUUCUCCUUGAAUUCUCACCUGUUCGAGACCCUCAAAAAGUUGAAACUUAUAAACCUUUCAUAUAACAAAGUAAAUCAGAUUGCUAAAGAAGCAUUUUAUGGCCUUGAUAGUCUCCAAGUUCUCAAUCUAUCCUAUAACCUACUAGGGGAACUAUACAAUUCUGAUUUUUACGGACUGCCUAAUGUUGCUUAUAUUGAUCUACAAAAAAACCAUAUUGGGGCAAUUCAGGCACAGACGUUCAAUCCCUUGAAAAAUUUAAAAACUUUGGAUCUUCGUGAUAAUGCUAUUAAAACAGUUGGUUUUCUUCCAAGCAUAACUACUGUCUUCCUAAGUGGGAAUAAAUUAGUAAGUUUUGAAAGGAGAGGCAUAACUGCUGAAUUCCUUGAUUUAGCAGAAAACAGGUUGGAAACUCUGACAGAUUUCUAUACUCUUCUCCAGAUUCCAGGUCUGAAGUUUCUCAUUUUAAAUAAAAAUCGAUUUUCCAUUUGCUACCAACACUAUUCUUCUUCAAAGAACUAUACCUUAGAGAAGCUUUAUCUUUCAGAAAACAUGCUGGAACUUGUCUGGCAAACAGGAUCAUGUUGGAAUAUGUUCAAGGGACUUUACCAGCUGAAAGUUCUCUUCCUGAAUAAUAAUUACCUCAGUUUCCUUCCACCUGAUGUUUUCAGUGAUCUGACUGCAUUACAAAUCCUUAGCCUGCAUGCUAACAAGUUGACAUCUCUUUCUCCUGGUGUUCUACCUGCAAAUUUAAGAGUCUUGAUUUUAUCCCAUAACCUCCUACUAUCCCCUGACCCAUCCAUAUUUGCAUCACUGAGCCACUUAGAUAUAAGCCACAAUCAAUAUAUUUGUGAUUGUGAAGUCAAAAAUUUUAUCCUUUGGCUGAAUCAAACCAAUGUUACCAUGCUUGGGUCCCCUGAGGAUGUUUACUGCACAUACCCUGGCUCAUUCUCUGGGGUCUCACUCUAUUCAAUUUCCACAGAGGGCUGUGAUGAAGAGGAAGCCCUAAAAUUUAUUAAUUUUACACUUUUCAUCUUCUUUACCACCACCUUGACUCUGUUCCUCACAGCAACUGUGAUAUUCACAAAGUUCCGUGGGCUCUGUUUUUCCCUCUGGCAUAAAAUGGUUCAGAGACUGACGUUCAAGUACCAUCGUCAGGGAGUAGAAGAGGAUCAGCACAAAUACGAUGCAUAUUUGUGCUUCAGUAACAAGGACUUUGAAUGGGUCCAGAAUGCACUCCUCCAUCACUUAGACUCCCGGUACAAUUCUGAAAAUAGAUUUAACCUGUGUUUCGAGGAAAGGGACUUCCUUCCAGGAGAAGACCACAUCAACAACAUCCGGGAUGCCAUUUGGAGCAGCAGAAAGACUAUUUGCAUUGUGACAAAGCAUUUCCUGAAAGAUGGCUGGUGCAUUGAAGCCUUCAAUUUUGCCCAGAGCAGAUACUUCUCUGAUCUUAAAGAUGUCCUCAUCAUGGUGGUAGCCGGAUCACUCUCCCAGUAUCAACUGAUGAAAUACCCACCAAUCCGAGUCUUUGUGCAGAGGCAACCAUACCUGAAGUGGCCAGAGGACCUUCAGGAUGUUGGCUGGUUCUUAAAUAAACUCUCUCAAAGCAUACUUACCAAAAAAGAAGAAAAGAAGAAAUCCAACAACAUCGCCUUACAAACCGUAGCAACUGUAUCCUAGCCAAAGAAAACAGUGUCAUCCUCAACUCCUGUCACAAGUUAUUCUUUCCAUUAUAUUUACAUUACAAAUGUUUGACUGUUUCUUUGGAAGCAGCCAGUUGGCAGGAUAGAUUGAAAGUUAGAUUGGCAGUUAGGAAGACCUGAAAUCAAAUCCUGCCUCUGACUUUGAUAGCUGUGAGACCGUGGGCAAAAUACUUUACCUUGCUUUCGAAUUCAGUUUUCUCAUCUGUCAAAUGAGGAUGAUCAAGUGAAAUCUACCUUACAGGAUUAUUGUGAGGAUCAAAUGAGAUAAUUCUUAUCAAGCCGUUAGCAAACCUUAAAGUGCUGUUAUCAAUGUUAGUUCUCAUUAUUAUUCAUUGGAUUUUUCUGCUAAGAAAGGACAGAAACCUUCUGUUUUUCAUAUUCAUAUGAUGAUUUGCUAUGCUGACUUAAAAAGAAAAAAUUAAUGAGUUAGAAAAUUGGAAUUGACCCUAAGAAGGAGACCAAAGACUUAAGAGUGCUCUCACUCUAUCCCCUAGGUCUAUCUAGUACCCAGUAUUAAUGGUCUUUCAUGAAUUUUUCUCUUGGUGUCACAUAAGCCAUGGAAUAUGCUAAAUAUGAGAAGAGAAGCUUGGAAAAAGGAACAAACAAAUGAUGCUCAUUUCAUCAAUAUUCAGUUUUGUGAAACUUGUAAUAUUCAUUGUUGCUGGAUUCCCAGGAAGACUGCUUCUCAUCAGACUGUGGGAAGGACAGGAAAGGAAAGGGAAGAGGAGGAGAAGAAUGGAGGGCAGAGGAAUAGAGAAAAAGGAAAAGGUAAAGAGAGAAAGGAAAGGGUAGAGAAAAG